AUGCUCGGGCGGCAAGCAUCGCGUGGCCUGCCGAAACGUACCUCCAAGCAGGUACCGGCCGGAAUAGAAUACUCGAAAUUUUCCGACGAAGAGAGCUCAAAUGAAGAAACCAGUCGGAACAGCGCGCUCACAUUCUGGCUAUCUCAAGCCCAAAAGCUCGAACCUCGACGUGAGCUUUUCUCGAGCGUCAGCGACUCGAACGACUACGACAAUUACGUCUCAGAGCUCAAGAGCGCGAUUCAUAAAGCUGCCAGUGACAGCAAAGUAUCCAGGUUUUCCCGAAAGAUGAAGCCAAUUCAUCAGCUUGCAAGCUCCAUUGCGCCAAUCAUGAGCAGUGCCAGUCAACUCAACCCCAUGCCUGCGUCUCUGGUCCUGGGGGGAAUUACCUGCAUUCUGUCACUCACGACUCGCAUGGAUGACUUUCAAAGCAAGCUGCUGGAGACUCUGGAGUGGAUGGGCGACGAAGUGAACCUUGUCAAUCAGUAUCGAAAAGAAAAUAUCUUCGAUGAAGAUCCGUCUGUGAAGACUUGUGAGAUCAAUCUGGCUGCUGAUAUUCUCAAGUUUUGCGUCAAGGUCACUGAGCUCUUCUACGAUGAUUUAGGAGCCAGGAAGAACAGCAUGGUACUCGCCUUGAAAGGUCUUUGUAAAGACUUCGAUGCCCGCUUCGGCGAUGUGAAGACCGACUUCAAACUGCAUUUAGCUGCGUUGGAGAAACGAAGAGAUCUUCUUAGUGCCCACAGGAUGAAAUCAAUGCAUUCGGAAGUUGAAGAUAUUGGCCAACUUCUCAGGCACGAGCACGAGGAAAGGGAUGUUAGGGAGAAGACGGGAAUCGAAAUGGAAGUAAACUUACGGAACGAAGAAAGACGUCGCCGCUUUUUGAAUUGGCUACCGUCCUUGAAUUUCGGAGAGAUACAAGAAAACAAUUUCGAACGACGAGUUCCCGGUUCUGGCACCUGGCUCCUAGACCAUCCAGAGUUUCGAGCGUGGAAGAAAAGCUCUCAGUCAGCCUUACUUUGGGUUCACGGAAAAGCUGGUUCAGGAAAGUCGCAUCUGGCAGCUCGUGUCAUCAAUGAGCUCGACCCCUCAGGAUCCACAGGGAAGGACACGGCCCUGGCUUACGCCUACUGCACCACCACUCAGACAAAAACGAGGAUGACAUUGAAUAGUCUCCUUGGGACUCUUCUUUCUCAGUUGUACAAGAGUCUUCCCUUGUCAUCUGGCAUAGAAACUUUGCUGUCUCGCGCGGAUGAGGCUAGCAAAGACGAGCCUAAAAGGAGUGAAAUGAAAGAGGGCAUUAAAUUGGUGGCUUCUCGCCUAUCCUCGGCCUUCAUCAUUAUUGAUGGUCUGGAUGAGUGCAAUCAGUUCCCAGACCGUCAAUUCGAAGACUUUUGCAAGUUCCUCGCCGGUCUUGCCGAGUCCGAGGACUCUAGAGGCUCUAUUAGGGUACUUGUUUUUAGUCGCCCCGACUACAAGGAGAUCAGUCGUUCCUUUGACACCUUCCCGAAAGUACAGGUAGACAACGGCGCAAACGAUGACGAUAUCAAGGCGUACAUAUCUCGGAAGGUUGACGAAAUCAACACUGAUCCGUCUCCCGAGGAGCGAUUAGGAUUCGAGGAUGUCAAAAGCUUGAUGUUCGACAAUGCGGCGGGGCUGUUCCUGUGGGUACACUUCAAAGCGAAAUACUUCAAAGAAAUCGGAUGCGUCGAGGACAUCAAAGACGCCCUGCAGGACACUACCGAAGGAUUGGACGAUCUUUAUGGCGAGGAAAUCAAGAAGAUUUUAAACCAUCCAUCGCGGUUCGUCCGCGACCGAGCUUUACGGGCUUUGUUGUGGGUGACAAACUCCUAUCGGCCGCUUACGAAGCUCGAAUUGUUGGAGGCUUUAUCUGUGAAGCCAGGAAAAAGCAGCAUCAACCGUUGUCAGCGUCUUUCUAAGGAUAUCUCAAUUAGCACGGAGUGUGCUGACCUUGUCAAUGAGGUCAACGGGGUGUACCGCCUUCGACAUGCGUCCUUGAAGGACUUUCUGUCAUCACAACUUCCGAUCCUGCUUUCUUACGGGGAUCUACAACAACAAGCUCACUCAAUUCUUGCUGAGGCAUGUCUGACGUACAUCAAUUAUGAAGACUUAAACGCCGUCAAUAUCUUGUCGCCAGACAGCUUGACCGAUCUUAAAGCUCAAUAUCCUUUGCUUGACUAUGCGGCAAACUUCUGGGGUGAUCACUUUCUGGACGGUGAAGGAAGACGCAAGGAAGUCUUGCACAACUUGCUGAUUGGACUGCUGGACAAGGUGGCUGCCAUGAGACUCACAAUCCAAAUUCUUGAGUUUAGAGCCUUUCGGGACAAUUUGUGGUCUCUUGGAAACCCUACACCUCUUCACUUAUUGGCCAUCUUCAAUCUCGUUGAAGAAGCAAAGGACAUGCCGGGCCUGAAGACUUACCUCUUCAGCCAAGACGAGUUCGACCAUACUCCGAUUGAGUAUUCAGUUCUUUGGCGACGAAGGCAGAUGACGCGCUGGUUACUUGACGAACAUCUAAAGAAACACCAGAACCGACGCCCUUUUGAUUCGGAAGUCUUUGAGUCAUGCAAAGCUUGGCUACUUCACAGUGCCGCGGAAGAAAAUUGGGCUGAUAUCGUCGAAGACCUCGUGCUUUUAGGAUUUGAUCCCAACAUCUGCGAUCUUUCUGGAGAGUCGCCAGUACAUGCAGCAGCCAAGGCAGGGGCCAAUCAGUCUCUUGGAAGUUUACUCAAAAUGGGCGGCUCACCAAAUCAGACUUCUCGAGAACUCCAUACUCCUCUCACCCUUGCAGCCUUUCAUAUGAAUUCCAGAGGAGUCGAUAUUCUUCUCGAAGCUGGGGCUGAAGUCAACCAGCCUGGGAAAAAUCAGGAGAAUGCUCUUCACCACGCCGCUCAACACGGACUUGUUGAUAUGGCACUUAGCCUUCUGAAUCACGGAGUGGAUUGCAACGUGGUAUGCUCUACUGCUUCGUACUUCUAUGGCCAGACCCCCUUGCAUUACGCUACAAGAGCAAAUAUGCCCAGCGUGGUUAGGAUUCUCAUCCAAAACGGAGCAAAUUUGGAGUCAAGGACUUCAUACGGGGAUACUGCCGUUUUGUUGGCCUGCUAUUUGGGUCAUAUCAAAGUGCUAGAAAUUCUUGCCCAAAAUGGUGCCAAAGUCUCUGCUCGUAACAUGAAAGACAAGUCAACCGCACUUCAUAUAGCUUCAAGAAGUGGGAAUCUGGCCCUUAUGAAGGUGGUUGUUGCAUCUACUACUCAAGAAAGCCUUCUUGAUACUAUCGACAAAAACGGGAACACCCCUCUUCUGGCAGCGUUAUACGAGAAACAAGAAGCCGCAGGCCAACUGCUUCUCAAGUAUGGAGCCCAGCCUCACGUAACCAACACUAGUAUGUCCACGCCAUUACAUAUCGCGAUUGAUAAUGGGUGCAUAGAAGUAGCGAGAAUUCUUCUCAAGGAUCACAAAGCAGACCCUCAGACACCUGGAUUUCAUGGGAAAACUUCAGUACAUUAUAUCGCUGAGCAUGGCAUAACGGAGCUGUUGUCUUUGAUCCCAGUUCCUAAUGAAAUAUGCGUAAUGGAAGACGAUGAGGGAUUUACACCAGCUCACUAUGCUGCUGCUUUAAACCGUUACGACUUUAUCAAUGGCUUGAUCGGGUUGUGGCCUAGUACCGAUGUCAGGGUCAAAAGUACUGAUGGUUUGACGCCUCUUCACGUAGCAGCCCGGAAUGGCGCGACUGAAACUGCCAAGAUGCUUAUCGAACUCGACUCAUUAUCUCACAAAGUUCAAGACAAGCAUUCGAGACUACCACUCCACCUGGCUGCCAUAUUUGGACAUACACAAUGUGUGGCCUUGCUAUGUACACCCGAGACGAUCGACUGUCAGGAUGUCGAUGGUGCAACCCCCCUGUGGCUUGCAUCCAAAACCGGCCACCGAAGUGUUGUUGAGUACCUGAUUGGCGGUGGUGCGGAUGUCAACAAAACCAGUGCUGUCGGUGGACUGCCGGCUUUUGCUGCUUUGUCAAAUUUGCAUAUCCCUACUGCAAAUCUACUCUUGGACAAUGGAAGCAUUGUAGACAAGGGCGAUAAUCUCGGUGUCACUAUGUUUCAUCUCGCCGUUACUACCGGGGAUGAAAGGCUUGUUCAUCGACUUUUGGGCCGUCUGAAAGAUGAUGCCAGGCGUGCUUGGAUCCUCUCUGUGAGCAGUGAGGGGUGGGAUGCCAUGUCUCAUGCAGCUGAGGGUGGUCAUGCAAAUAUGGUCAAUCUUCUCCAUAAUCUUGGAAUUUCUGUUGAUGGAUCAGGGUUAGGUGACUUCAGCCCUUUGUGCCAGGCUGCGGGAAAGGGUUUCACAGACUUCGUGGGGGCAGCCUUGGGGAAGGGUGCUCGUACACGUAAUCUGGACCAUCGCUGGGACAAGCGACUACAACGAGACGCCCUUAUACACGCAAUCGUGAACCGAAAAGCCAGGACCACCAAGCUCCUGCUCGACGGUGGCUCUGAUCCUACGGAAACAGAUUGCUACGGUCUCUGUGCUAUCGAUUACGCUGCAAAGCACCCCAACUUAGCACAUAUCCUCAGACCCUGGCUUCAUCGUUACAUUCCCUCAGACCCAUCCGUCAAGGUCCGGAAGCAAAGAAAGACUAUCGUAAACUUCGCAGAACAAGUAGUUUUGCAAAGUUUCGAAAUGAUGAUAUAA